AUGUCGACCAGUUGCGGAACAGGCGAAAUAACGUUUGGCGAAAUAAUCGAGUGGGACAAUACCACGGUGACGUACCCCGUCGCCUCGCGCUCAGGCACCUCGGCUGUUCUUCUUGGCGAUGUCAAUGGCGAUGGCAUCGGUGACGCUGCCUUUGGCUCGCCGCUCGCUGACCUCUCAGAUGGCUCGGCCACCAUCGUCUUCCUCAACAUCGAUGGCUCGGCCAACUCGUCCGUCGUCCUCUCGCGGGAUACGCCGGCGCUGACGACGACUCUCUCCACUCAGGCCGGCCAGUUUGGUACUGCUCUUGGUGGCCCGGGCGAUCUCAACGGCGACGGUGUGCCUGAUCUCCUCGUCGGCGCGCCCGUCCUGGGAGGCACCGGCACCGUCGUCGUCAUCUUCCUCAACGCCGACGCCUCGGUCGGCUCGGUCUCGCUCAUCGCCAACAACAACGGCCUAGGCCUUGCUACCCUUGUCGCCGGCGAGCUGUUUGGCUCGGGCAUCGGCAUCAUCGAGGGUGUGAGCUCGGUCAACUACGCCACGCACACCAUGGUCGGCAUCGGUCUGGCAGCCGGCCAGGACCGGGUGACGACCCAGGUCUACGGCUCGAUGCUCAUCGCCACCCUCUCGCGGACGGACGGCUCGGUCACAGCCUUUACCCUCAUUGACCACUCGCAAUCGGGCAUGAGCGCCGUGACGCUUGGCUCGGGCUUUGGCUCGUCCAUCGCUGCCGGCGACGUCCGCGGGUCGGGCAGCCCGAUGCUCGCCGUCGGCGCGCCGCUGUAUGACUCUGCCCGCGGACGGGUCUUUCUCGUCGACAUGGACUGGGCCACUCCAGCAGCCGUGAGCAUGAUUGUUGUCGAGGAGGGCGCUAUCGGCUGGAACCCAAGCCCUACCCUCGGCUCGUUGGCCCAGAUCGGGACAGGCGUGGCGCUGGCUGACCUCAACGCCGACGGCUGCGUUGAUCUGGCGGUCGGCGCGCCGGGCGCCGAGGAGCUUGGGCCCAACUACGGCGUCCUCGGCAUUCUGCUCCUCAACAGCAGUCCGACAUCCAUCGCUGUCGAGAGCUUCACCCGCAUCUCGUACUCGGCCAAUCCGGCCCUGCAGUCGACCGUCUCCGUCGGCGCCGAGCUCGGCUACGCUGUCGCCACGGGCAACCUUAACGGCGCCGGCUCAUGUUGUUCCCUCCCCGCCGCCGCCGCCGCCAUCGCCGCCACCGCCACCCUCUCCACCGCCGCCGCCGCCGCCGCCAUCGCCGCCGCCGCCGCCCUCUCCGCCGCCGCCGCCAUCGCCGCCAUCGCCGCCGCCGCCACCAUCGCCGCCGCCGCCACCAUCGCCGCCGCCGCCACCAUCGCCGCCGCCGCCGCCAUCCCCACCUCCACCUCCCUCUCCGCCGCCACCUCCAUCGCCACCUCCACCUUCCUCUCCGCCGCCUCCGACUGGAUCGCCGCCAUCGCCGCCAUCCCCUCCUCCGCCGCCAUCACCGCCGCCAUCGCCGCCACCAUCGCCGCCACCCUCUCCUCCCCCUCCCUCUCCUCCUCCUCCGCCACCGCCACCAUCGCCGCCGCCACCACCGCCGCCUUCCCCGCCGCCGCCUCCUUCCCCGCCGCCGCCACCUCCUUCCCCACCAUCACCGUCGCCGCCGCCAUCACCGCCGCCGCCGCCUCCUUCACCGCCGCCGCCGCCGCCAUCACCGCCGCCGCCGCCUCCUCCCCCGCCGCCGACGUCCUCGACCUCCUCGCUGCGCGCGACGUCUCCCUCUUCGUCGAGACAACCUCGUCAGCCAGCCCGGACUCGGCCGCCUUUGUCCUGGUGCCCAUCACCAUCACCGGCGCUCGAUCGCUCACCUUUACCUCUCCCGUCACUGCGCGCGUCGGUUACGCUCACAUGCGACUGGCUGUCACAGCAUCGUCGACCAGCAGUCGGGCGGCGACGAGGUUGGCGGCCCGUGACGCGGGCGAUGGCGCCACCGUCAUGUACUGGAUCACCUACUCGCUGUACUACCUCGAGUCCGAGUGCAUCGCCGAGGGCUAUGUCCUCUACAACGGCGCAUGCACCGCAUGUGAUGAUGCUUUCCCCGGCGCUUACUGUCCCGGUGGCGAUCGCUUCUUCCCGCUCCCGGGCUUCUGGUCUUCAUCGACGUCGUCCCCGCCCGUCGCCUGCCCCGUCCCGUCCGAAUGCCCGGGCACUCCGCGGCAUCGGCCCUCCGCGCCUCCAUCCACAGCAUCCGACAACCCAGUAGACAUGCCAUCAGGCUUGUUCAGGUGCCGUCCUUCUCGCUCUGGCCCGCACUGCCUCUCCUGUGCUGAUGGCUUCUUCAUGUCCGACUACGGCAAGUGUAUCACCUGCGACACGCCCGACGCCGUCUCGGCCAUCAUCCUCUGGCUCGCUGUCAUCAUCCUGGUCAUCACUGUCAUUGUCUUUGCCGCAUGCUGCUCUGUCACCUCCGGUGCCGUCUUUGUCGUCGCUCUCAUGGCCGCCCAGGCUGUCGCCCUUGUCUUCCGCUACAUCGUCGCUCUCUCCAUCGAUCACGCCGACACCUCGUGGCGUCCCACCGCCGCCCUCUGGGCCGCUGUCGUUCUCUUCCAGCCUGAAGCCCUUCGCCUUGGCUGCCACCUAUCCGCAGAUCCGCCCUACUUUACCGAGAGCUACAUCCGUCUCGUCCUCCUCGCCGCCAUUGCCCUCGUCUUUGCCCUCAUCUUCGCCCUCUGCUGCGCCUUCUCCUCCUCGUCGUACCCCGGCAAGCCGCGCGGCGCCAUCGCCCCGGCGCACCGUGCCCGCAAGCAUGGCGAGAGCGAUGAUGAUCAUGGCCACAGCGAUGAACCCGUCCCGCUCGCCCGUCGCCGGUCCAAGAGCGACGUCGUCCGCCCCAUGCACGCCAAGCACAAGCAUCGCCGUCGCUCCAUCGCCCAUGGCGGCACUCACCAUCGCAACCAUCUGGUCUCCAAGCAACGUGUCCAGCCCACCUCCUACGUCACACACGUCACUCAUGGCGAGCCACGCAUCCAAUACGUCUCCAACGUCACGUUGAAGACCACCACCGCAGCUAGCCAGUCCUCCAUCCGCACCUCCAAGAACGCGCACCUCCACUCGUUCUCCGUCGCGUCGCUGCCGCCCAUGGACUCGUCGUCGUCAUCCAUCGCCUCGUCAUCAUCGUCCGCCCCGUCCUCACCGCGCGCCCACUCAUGCCGCGACAAAGCCGCCGCUCACUCUGCCGACUCUGCCCACGCCGAUCCCAUCGCCCCACCCCCGCCGUCGCCACCGCCGCGUCGCUCCCAUGCCAUCGUCCAUGCCUUCCUCCUUGUCUGGGCCUCGUUCUUCACUCCUGUCGCCCAUCAGUCGCUGCGCGGCCUCGACUGUGUCGCCCUUGCCGCCGGAUCGGACGUCCUCCGCAUCCGGACCGAGACUUCCACCGAGUGCUUUGUCUCCUUGCAUCUCGUCCUUCUCUGCAUCGCCAUCGCCCCCAUCUUGCUCUUUUGGGUCAUUGCCCUCCCGCUCUACGUCACCUGUGGCCAAGCCAGCUGGCUUGCUCUUCUCCGUCGGAGCCUCGCCCAUCCCCUCUGCUAUCACUCGGGCGUGCCGUUUGCACAUGCCCUCGGCCUUGCCAUCGCCAUCACCUUUGGAGAUCGCUGGGCGCCAUCGAUUGACGCGGUCUUUGUCGGCAUUGUUGUCAUUGCUGCCCUUGCCGCCUUUGCCCACGCGUGGGCCUCGUGCCGCCCAUGGCGCGCCCUACUCGUCGCAGCUGGGCUCGCUGCCACCCUUAUCCUCCUCCUCUGGGCCUCGAUAGACCACAACACCCAUCAUCUCACUAUCGGCGUGGUAAUUGCCUUCAUCUUCCUUUCCUGUCUUGCCGCCGGCGUCAUCGUCGUCCGCAUCGGCGCCUUUACCCCCUACGACGACGAUGUGCCUGACAAGGACCUGCCGCCGCGCCAUCAGGCGGAUCCGGCACCGCCGGCCUACCCAGCGCCUGUCCGCACGCGCGCCUCCCUCUUCGACUAA